UCCGCGAGAGGAAGCGCCUCCAUUUUGGGCCGCCCGAAGCGCUCUCGGCGGCUCUCCGCGCCGGCGGCCUCCGCUGCGCUCUUCUCCCUGCCUCCUUCCCUCCGGGCGGCGCCGCUCGUGGCCGGGGGCGAUGGCGGCCGAGAGCCGGGAGGAAAAAGAUGGUGAACUGAAUGUUCUGGAUGACAUUUUGACUGAUGCACCUGAUCAUGAUGAUGAGCUCUACAAUCCUGAUAGCGAACAAGAUAAAAGUGAGAAAAAGGGAUCCAAAAGGAAAAGUGAACGGAUGGAAUCAGUUGAGAGCAAAAAACAAAAGCCUGCUGUACAUUCUUCAAGACAGAUGUUGCCCAAACCUCCAAGCUCCUCUGUUGGCAGCCACAAGAGAAUAGUGAGCACAAAAGGAAAGCUGGUAUUGGAAUACAAGAGUGAGGAAUAUCAGAGGUCUGACAGGAACAAGCGGCCAGAAGGGGACAGGAAGGCCCGCAUGACGAGCAGCAGCUCAAGAGACCCCUAUAAAGGGCAGCCUGAAAAGGCAGGUAUCAGGAAAAGGGAUGCUGACAGAAGGGCCAAGUCUCCGACUCCAGGUGCCUGUGAGGUAAGUAACCGCUCUGGCGGCUGUAUGGAGGCGGCCCUCUUUGAAGCAGGCGCUCAGAGCUCUCGUGGUAUUCUGACCGUGAGUGCUGGGGGCGGUGCCUCUACUGGAUGUCCUUUCUCUGAGCAGCAGCAGAGGCUGAGGCACGAUGUGGAGAGGCGGCCAAGCAGGUCCAGCCACUCCUCGAAGGAAGAGCUGCACUCUGAGGAAUACGGCUCCGAUCACGAAACAGGCAGCAGUGGCUCCUCUGACCCAGGCAAUACUGAGGAGGAAGAGGAAGAGGAGGAGGGAAUGGAGGAGGAGGAAGAAGAGGAAGAGGAGGAGGAUGGGGAGGAGGAGGAGGAGGAAGUGGAAGAAGAUGGAGAUGAUGAAGAAGAAGAUUAUGACCAAGAUGAGAGGGAUCAGAAGGAGGGAAAUGACUACGAUACGCGAAGCGAAGCCAGUGAUUCUGAUUCUGAGUCGGCCUCCUUUACUGAUGGGUCAGUCAGAUCCGGCUCAGGCACAGACAUAUCAGAUGAAAAAAAGAAGGAAAGGAAAAGAGCAAGAGGCAUCUCUCCAAUUGUUUUUGACAGAAGCGGAAGCUCUGCGUCAGAGUCAUAUGCAGGUUCAGAAAAGAAGCAUGAGAAAUUAUCAUCUUCCGUUCGUGCUGUCCAAAAAGACCAAACUAGCAAACUUAAAUACAUUCUCCAAGAUGCAAGAUUUUUUCUUAUCAAAAGUAACAACCAUGAAAAUGUCUCGCUUGCCAAAGCAAAGGGCGUCUGGUCAACUCUCCCCGUCAACGAGAAGAAGCUCAAUGCUGCCUUCAGAUCAGCCAGGAGCGUCAUCUUGAUAUUUUCUGUGAGAGAGAGUGGGAAAUUCCAAGGGUUUGCAAGGCUUGCUUCUGAGUCGCAUCAUGGUGGAUCCCCCAUACACUGGGUACUGCCUGCAGGGAUGAGUGCAAAAAUGCUUGGAGGCGUGUUUAAAAUAGAUUGGAUUUGCAGGCGUGAAUUGCCCUUUACUAAAUCUGCUCACCUGACAAAUCCUUGGAAUGAACAUAAGCCAGUCAAGAUUGGACGUGAUGGGCAGGAAAUUGAGCUUGAAUGCGGAAGCCAGCUUUGUCUCCUCUUCCCUCCUGAUGAAAGUAUUGACUUGUAUCAAGUCAUUCAUAAAAUGCGGCACAAGAGAAGAAUGCACUCUCAGCCCCGGUCAAGAGGACGGCUGUCGCGUCGAGAGCCGGUCCGGGACGUGGGAAGGCGUCGACCAGAGGAUUAUGAUAUUCAUAACAGCAGAAAGAAACCAAGGAUUGAUUAUCCUCCUGAGUUUCACCAAAGACCAGGGUAUUUAAAGGACCCCAGGUACCAAGAAGUGGACAGACGAUUUUCAGGAGUCCGGAGAGAUGUCUUUUUAAAUGGGUCUUACAAUGACUAUGUGAGGGAGUUCCACAACAUGGGGCCGCCACCUCCCUGGCAAGGAAUGCCUCCCUACCCAGGUAUGGAACAGCCUCCUCAUCACCCGUACUACCAGCAUCAUGCUGCCCCGCCCCAGGCUCACCCUCCUUACUCUGGGCACCAUCCCAUACCACACGAUGCACGAUACCGGGACAAGCGAGUGCAUGACUAUGACAUGCGGGUUGAUGACUUUUUACGUCGGACACAAGCUGUGGUCAGUGGCCGGAGAAGCAGACCCCGCGAGCGUGAGCGAGAUCGUGAGCGGGAUCGCCCUCGAGACACCAGGAGAGAGAGAGAGCGGGGCCGAGACAGAGAGAGGGAGCGAGAGAGGAUUUGUGAUCGGGACAGAGACAGAGGAGGAGAACGCGGAAGAUACAGAAGAUAAUGCACUGGGAAAUGGCAGUUACUUGAAAAGGAGCAAACGCUUGUAUAUUGUGUGUUUACUGGUAGUAAACUUUUAUUUUCCUCUGUCUACCUACUUGGUUGUAUGAAAGGAUUUAUAACUGGCCCUUGUUUCAAGCAUGCAGAAAGCUGUGAACUGGAAUACUCCCCAUCAGCCAAAAAAAUGCAAAGCUUGAUCUUUGAGUUGAUGAUUUUCAUUGGAGCAGUUUUGGCAAACAGCUUAAAAGUGUAGAUAAUUGAAUUAUCUCUAAGUGUUCUUCUUAACAGUAAUAUAAUCAUAUAUUUCUUUGAAUAUCUGUUGAUAACUGCCACAAUAUUUUUGCUUUAAUAUUUUCUCCUCUAGUCCUCAUGAAAAGUGCUGCUAUCGAGUAUGCAAAUACUGAGUGAGAUGGCGUGGCUGUUUACGGCAGUGUUGGAUCAGCCCCCUCUUUUUCUUUGGGGGGGGGCGUGUGUGUGUUUUAACCUCUGUAAAAGUCAUGCUUGUCCAAUAAUGAAAGCAAUAUUAAGACAACAAUAUUGAUAUCUAAUUUUUAACCUUUUUAAAGAGUGUUUCUGUAUCCUGCUGGCAAUUUGGGUCAAUGCAGUUUAUUUGCCUCUCUCACUCCCUCCCUUUCUUCCCCUGAAAUGUCCACAUUGUUUGGAAUGUCCUUGUUCAUUUGUGUAUGUGAGCAGAAAAUAUUGCUGUAUUUGACAUUGAUACCAUUUCUUUUCUUUUUUAUAAUAAACUGGUAUAACAAUUGA